AUAGUAUUUAUAUUAUUAGUUGGACUUUACUUGAAUUGUUAGUUAAUUGGGCCUUUAGGCCCAUCUAAGGUUUUAUCCAUUUAGAAGUAGUAUAAAUGUAGUGAUGAACACAAAUCAAAGUAAGGAAUGAAAAUGAAGUCUUUUAUUUAUCUUUAUUUAUUUGUUUUUCUUUAUUGCUUUCCUAGGUUUAGCUUAGUGUAGCUUGAUAGAGCUUCAACACUCUAUCAAUUGGUGCUUUCAUUUUUGAACACCAUGGCCUUUUCAAACCCUACUCAUCUCUAUUAUCCAGAUCCCACCACCAUUCCAACCUUUUCUCCAUUUUACUCUUCCACCAUUCCUCCCACUUAUCCCACAACCAUACCAAACCUAACUCCAACCCCUACACCCAACCCAAGUUUUCAUUCAUAUCCACAUCACCUUCAUGACCCAUCAUACCACCCACCACCAAGUUUCAUCUAUCCACCUUACUCUUCAUAUCCAAACAGCACUGCAUCACCAUCACCAAACCAUUACACAUCAUACACAACUUCUUCUCCAUCUGAUUAUGCAUAUUCAAAUCACUACAAUUCCUACCAACACACAAACCUAUCGCCUCCCAUCAUUACCCACAACACCACCAACACCUUGCAGCAACAAGCCAAUACCAUCCAACAACCUUUCUACCACCAUCAGCCACCCAAUACCUCCACUCCCAUCUAUCAUCAUGUUGACCUUCCCUCUCACCAGAACCAAAACCCCACACCAACACUCCCUCCUUCAAGAUUAGAGACAAAACUUUCUAAUUUUGAUGGAAGUGAAGAUGCUUAUUGGUGGAUUAUUUGCUCCGAAAAAUUCUUCAACAACAGGAAUCAUAGCUUAUCAGAUGCAGAGAAAAUAAUUGAAAGUAUUUUAGCAUUGAGAGGUGCUGCUCUCACAUGGUGGUUCAGCAGGUUUCCCACACAUCGAAGGCCAUGUUGGGACUCUUUCACAUGUGGAUUACUUCGCUAAUUCAAGCCUGAAUGGAUACCCAUUUUACCCAUUGAUGGUGAAGAAGACUCAACCAAAGAAGAUACUGAGUUCAUCACUUUGGUUGAAGAAAAAGAAGAGCCAAAAGUAAUAGAAGACACUACCAUCAUUGAAGGUGAAGAUGAAGAACCAGAUGCAACCAUUCAAGAAGCAUCACUCAAAGAAGAAACAGAGAGAUAUUUUAUUGACGAACCAACACCUCUGCCUCUUGAGUCCGUUCAUUUCACACUGAAAAAUGGGGUUGCAGUCAUUGUUCUUCAGGACACAGUGAAGACAAGGCCACUAGACAUCACGACCUUGCCGGAGCUUCCGGAAAAGCCACCGGAUCCACCGCCGCAUCCAAUCAUAGCUCAUUUUUCACCUCAAGCGCCACCACCAGUACGGCCACGAUCGCUAGUCUAUGAUCCAACACCGGUACCGCCUCCACCAGAACCGCCGGAUCUAAAUUCAUCUCCGAACACAGUUUUGUGUCCACCUCCGUCGCUACCACCAUCACUAUUGAACCCGCCGCUGCCAACACCACUGAAACCGCCACCCCCAAGACCACCAGAUUCAAAUAUUUUCAAGAAUAUAAAUAAGGAGCUUAUACUGGAUGAAAUUUCAUUCGCUAUAAAACUGAUUGAGAUUCAUUUGCUGAAACCUCCGGGAGUCUAUUUCGCUCCGGCGCCGCCACCGAAACCACCAGAUAAAAUCAUAGCUCAGUCUCCACCUCCGGUGCCACCAUCGUCAUCCAAACUACUGCUACCAACACCGUUCAUCAACCGAGCUUUUCGACCACCAGCCAAACCACCUGACAUAAUUGAUCCUCACUUGCUGCAAAUAUUUUCACGCGGUUUCGGUACUACUGGUACUAUCAAUUCACUAGGGGACAAACUACAUCCCUCCUUAUGCCACCUAUCACCCACUAAACAAAUUCCACCAACAGAAACAUGUCACGUGUCCCACUAUGUUUGCAAGUGUACCAAUACUCCUAAUACCCUCAACCGUACGACUAUACCCAUGUGCCAGCUAUUGUCUAAUUUCAAGAAUUCAAAGUUAGCAUCCAAUAUUGUACCAAUUACUAGCCUCUUAACAGCAUCAUAUGUGCAUUGGACUAAGUUUUCAUUUAACGGACUUCCUCGGUUGGGCUUAAGAGUAAUGGGCCAUUUAUGUUUGCUUUGGUCCCAAGUCUCAUCACAACACAAUUUCGAUUUAAUCGAUCCCCCUCGCACUCAUCCAACUCGUAAACCUCCAGAUUUGUAUCUGAACCUUGAGGACAAGGUUCAAGUGAACCCGGCGGCAAUGAUAGAAGAUUAAUAGUAGUUAAUUAAAUAAUUAUUAGGUAGUAGUUUAAUAAUAAUUUAGGUAUUAAUAGUAUUUAUAUUAUUAGUUGGACUUUACUUG